AUGCUACGGCACCUCCGCACACGGCGGCGGCCCCGCUAUGGCGCCCACAUCUGUGCCUUACUCGCCGCCAUCCUUCUCCUCUUAUCUGUUUCGCUCCUCCACAGCCGCCUCACCUUCUUCAACUCCCACCCCCAACACCUCCCUCUCUCCCAAGACUCCCUCUCCUUGAACCCCUUCCUCGAUGACCUAGAUUCCUACUCCCUUACCGCCUCAAAUUCCAAUGACGAUCGAAUCGACGAGCUCGACGAUGCCGCUUUAGACAUCAACAUUAACAACCAUAACGAUGAAGCAGAACAAGAAGAUGAAGAUGAAGAAAGCAAUCAAAAUCAGAACCCUGAGGUCUCUUCUAAUUACUUCUUCGACCCCGUAACGGGUGUUGUACGGAGAUCCUACAACAAACGUUCAAUUGAAGAAUGGGAAGACUAUGUUCCGUUCAAUUCAAAACUUAGGUCAGAUUUAGGGCUGGACAGUGAUAAUUCUAAGGCUGUCUAUGGGUCUGACGACAUUUUAGUGGAUGAAAAAUUGCGUAAUAAAUUGAGUGAAGUUAAAAAAAUGGAGGAUGCUUUGUUGUUGAAGGGAUCGGUUUUAAGGGAAGGAUGGGGGGAAUGGUUUGAUAAGAAGGGUGAUUUCUUGAGGAGAGAUCGGAUGUUCAAGUCAAAUAUCGAGGUUUUAAAUCCUAUGAAUAAUCCAAUUUUGCAGGAUCCUGAUGGGGUGGGAGUUACAGUAUUGACUAGAGGCGAUAAAAUUAUUCAAAAGAGCAUUUUAAACGAAUUUAAGAAAAUUCCAUUCUUGAUUAAGAAGCCUCUGUCAAUUUCUGAUUCAAGAAAGGGAGAUUCAGGUGAAAAUUUUAAUAGUGAUGGCAGGGAAAUGAGGAGGGUGGAGAGAAAGACUUUGGGUAAAAAUAAUGGUAGCGGUGUGAAGAAUCUUGAGGGUUUAGAGAAAGUGCUUUAUGCGGACGGAAAGAGGUGGGGGUAUUAUCCGGGGUUGGACGGGAGGUUGUCCUUCGGAGAUUUUAUGGAGGAAUUUUUCAGGAGAGGGAGGUGUACGAUGAAGAUUUUUAUGGUCUGGAAUUCGCCGGCUUGGAUGUUUGGUGUUCGGCAGCAGAGAGGAUUGGAGAGUCUUCUUUAUCACAACAGAAAUGCCUGUGUGGUGGUGCUCUCUGAGACAAUUGAGCUGAAUUUCUUCAGUGGCUUUCUGAAAGAUGGAUUUAAGGUCGCUGUUGUGAUGCCAAAUCUGGAUGAAUUGCUCAAGGAUACCCCGACACACAUAUUUGCUUCUGUCUGGCAUGAAUGGAAGAAGACCAAGUACUAUCCGACUCACUACAGUGAACUUGUCAGGCUUGCCGCUCUCUACAAAUAUGGUGGAAUCUAUCUUGAUUCUGACAUCAUAGUACUGAAGCCGUUGUCUUCACUCAAUAAUACAGUCGGUAUGGAGGAUGAGCUUGCUGGAAGAACAUUGAAUGGUGCUGUGAUGGCAUUUAGAAAGCACAGUCCUUUCGUUAUGGAGUGCUUAAUUGAGUUUUAUGGAUCAUAUGAUGACACCCGCUUGAGAUUGAACGGAGCUGAUCUUUUGACUAGAGUGGCUGACAAAUUUUUGAGCAACAAGGAUAUUUCUGAAGGGAAGAUGGAGCUCCAAUUGCAGACGCAAUCCCUUUUUUUCCCCAUUAAUCGUACUAGUAUUUCAAGAUACUUCUAUGCACCACGGACAGAAACUGAAAGACUUGAACAAGAUCUCAUGUUUAACAAAAUUCUAGACAAGUCAGUUACAUUUCAUUUCUGGAAUAGCUUAACCUCGGCUCUGAUUCCAGAACCCGACAGCCUUGUUUCCAGGCUUCUAAACCAGCAUUGUAUACAUUGCUCAGAUAUGUUGUAA